GACAGUGGGGGCCAUUUUAAUGGCCGUCAAUUAUCGGUGUCGGUUUGUUAAGAAAUUAAAAUGUAAAGUUUAUGUGUAAAACUGAGAGAUUUUGUGAUAAUAUUCUGUCUUAAAUAAAAGUGUUAAUUUGCUUGACGAAAAAUUUUGUGGAACUUAUACUUUCCAAUGUGGAAGCAGUUGGAAAUGGGGCUUAGAGCAUUCUUGCUUUUAGCCUCAAGAAUAUGGACCUGUUUAUGUUUCACUUUGAAAAAACAGACCAGAGCUAUAAUCCAACACCAAUCUGUAAAGUAUGACUUAUUUCCUUUAUCCCCUUUAUCAAGGCAUAGAUUAAGUAUAGUUAGACGUAAAGUUUUAGUUCUUGAUUUGGAUGAAACUUUAAUACACUCACAACAUGAUGGAGUUGUCAGACCGACUGUACGGCCAGGAGUUCCUCCAGAUUUUGUUCUAAAAGUUACAAUUGACAGACAUCCUGUUCGGUUUUUUGUCCAUAAAAGACCCCAUGUGGAUUUCUUUUUGGAUAUUGUUUCACAAUGGUAUGAAUUAGUUGUAUUCACGGCAAGUAUGGAAAUUUAUGGAGCAGCUGUUGCAGAUAAGUUAGAUGCAGGUCGAGGGAUUUUACAAAGGCGUUUUUAUAGACAGCAUUGUACCCCAGAUUUUGGAUCAUAUACAAAAGACUUAAGUGCCAUAUGCAAUGAUCUCUCUAGUGUAUUUAUCCUGGAUAAUAGUCCAGGAGCUUAUAAAGCUUAUCCUGAUAAUGCUAUUCCAAUUAAGUCAUGGUUCUCGGAUCCUACUGAUAUGGCACUGCUCAAUCUCCUGCCCGUAUUAGACGCAUUAAGAUUUACCACCGAUGUCCGGUCUGUCCUGAGUCGCAAUCUACAUCUGCACAGGCUCUGCGGAACUGGAAAUUCAGUAGCGCUGGGCCCCGCACGAUCUCGACCCGCAGAGAGUGUCAGCGCUAAGCCCAAGAACGAACUGGACAGUUUGGCCGAAAGCGUGGUCGCUAGAGUUGACGAGUCAGCCUUGGAGCCGGCGGCGGCCGAGAACGAUACGGCCGCGAGCCCGAAAGACAAGAGGUUUAAAUCGCGAAUUCCGCAGCGCAUGUGCAAUUGACGCCAGCGGAAAUAGGAAAAGGGGAGGAGGGGGGUCGUGAGCAGGACUGGUGGCACUAGGCUAAAUCUGUGAACUUAACGUAGACAAUGUUUCUAUGGUCAUUUCGAGUGAGAUAAGCUUUAUUUUCCCUUGUAAAGUGUAAUUUUUGUAUAUAAAUUUCAUUAAUAUUCAAUAAAAGAUGUAUGUUCUACUAAAUUGGACAUAAUAUGGCUGUUUUACAUGUUGCAAGACUUCCUGCAAGCUCUUGCAGUUUACUUUAUAUGUUGCAACUCUAUUGCGAUCGUUGGUUGGUGGUUGCUUAGUUAAACAGCUAUUUGUUCUAAAGCUGUUUUGCGGUGCAAAUUUCCAGCGCAAUUAGGUGGGAAAACCACUAGGCUAUCAGGUAAUCCCGUUUGUUUUUUGAGAAUAUAUGUUUUUGAAAGUUUCACUGCUUAUUUUCGAAAAUAAAAAAUCUCCAAAUAAAUAAAAUAGUUCCUUCUACGCUGGCAUUAUCCGGCUGCGUACCCCCGUGAUAACGUAAAAAGUUUGUCUUUAAUUAGUUUACACAUGGCACUUUAAAGUAGGCGAACUUCGAGAAAAAUUCACAAUAUAUCACUCAACAAAUCAAGGGCGACGGCCCAGCUACGUCGAAACACCGGUUACCAUUAGAACACCAAAGUUAAGCGACGUAAGGCGAUACUCGUGGAUGGACGGGUGACCGGUUCGAAACUCUGUAUCGUGCUGUUGUCG